AUGCUCGGAUAUACAAGAAGCAAGAUUCAAAGGUGGCAUGAAGCCUAUGGCGUUGACUUACAGAGUCUCUCUUUCCAUGGAGUUGCUGGACCUCUUGUUCCUCUUGUAAAAACAAUCUGCCAUCCGGUGCGGAAUAUACGGCUCAUCUGGACCGUUUUCUGUCUUAUAAUGUCUACCGCAGUAGUUAGCAGCUUCACGGUCGUGAUGUUGAAGUACUUGACUCACGUGACGGUAAUUCGGCUAGACCAGACCGGCCUUGAAGACGGUGUCCAGCCGCCUUCGUUAACCAUCUGUCUUGGUGAACAUCGGACAACGGAGUUAGAUGAGCAUUUCUCAACAAUCGACAAUUGGCGGAUGUUGUCCGGGGCUCAGGUGAAAUGUCAAUCCCAGGACGUUGUCUCCUGGAGCUCUCAGACACAUGGACGUUCAGUUAUCUUUAAUCGUACUGCGCAUUAUACUGUGUCUUUCGCUGUCUCCCCUCCGGCGCCAAUGUCUAUCUCGGUCACGGAGCAGGUGCCUAAUCCCCCACACGAUGUGUGCACAACAUUUAAGCUCAAUCACUCUUGCUUUGGAGAGCAGAAAUUCUGGAAGCUGCGUAAAAGUCAAGUUAUACUGGUUUUUAUGGUUGCUGUCAUAAAUCUCUUUGGAGGUGUCAUUUUGACUUUAAUAUUCAUCAAGUACUUCGUUUUUGCUGGAAUAUUUGACCAGUUUGAUCGAGCUUUUGGCCAGGUCAUUAUCGAGAAGGUUCCCACUUACUAUUCAUUUUGUCCACUGUGCUAG